AUGCUUAUAGUAUGGGUUGCAUUCGCGUUGAUUUAUGUUACAACUUCUGCAGAAAAAUCAGAAAAGUCUUUGAUUCGUUCCAGGAGGGCGGUCAUUCCAGUUGACGCAAUUCUGUGGUCUUACAAUCGAAUUCCCUACAUCAUCGACAAGUUGUACUUCAGUAAGAAUGAAUUACGCGAUCUGCAAUCGAGUAUUGAUGUCUGGAAUAGCGAAACCUGCGUAAACUUUGUGCCUUAUAGGCGUGGAGAUAAGAGUUGGGUUCGUAUCACUGACGGCACCAGUUGCUAUUCUCAAUACAUGGGCUUCAAGGGUGCUCCAGGCGAACAGAUUGUUACGCUUUCUAGGAACGGGUGUCGAUUUUAUGGACUAUAUCUGCACGAACUGGGUCAUGUCAUUGGAUUAGACCACGAACAUGUACGAGCAGAUAGAGAUGAGUAUCUAAAUGUUGAUACUGAUGGCGUUCCAGACGACAUGAAAUCCUUCUUCACAAGGAAAACCAAAAACCAACUUCUGGCUUUCGACUCACCAUACGACCUUCAAUCAAUCAUGCAUUAUGGACAAUCAUCGUUUUCAGUUUUUGCUGACAAAACACCAAUCGACGUAAAGGAUCCCAAGUUACGGCCACUUUUGAAAGAUGUUUAUGAAAAGGACAUCUCAUUUUGGGAUGUAAGAGCUGUAAAUCUUAACUACAACUGCAAAGAGCAAUGCCGCGGUUCAAAACCAAAAUGCGAAUUUCCAGGAUUCAUUGAUAAAAACUGCAAGUGUCAGACAUUGGAAGGUUUUUCGAAGCGACGGUGUAUUGAUAGUUAUGGAGCGUCAAAUUGUGCAAGAUUAGCAGAUCAAUUGGAAUGCUAUCGAAACUCCAGUUUUAUGACGGCAAAUUGCAGAAAAACUUGCGGAUUUUGCUACGUAGCCAAGCUUUCUGACCUGCAGAAGGUUCCACUUGUUGCAUGCAAGGAUCAUCAUGAGCACUGCAAAGGCUGGUCGAGGGAAGGACAAUGCGCUAAAACUGCCAGUUACAUGGAAAUGAUGUGUCCAGAGAGCUGUGGAUAUUGCAAUAAGACGAGAAGUAGCCAUUCGGCUAGCAAUAGUAGUAAUUCAGGGAAGAAUGUGGAUGAGAACUGCACGGAUCGCUAUAGAUAUACGGCAGAUUGUGAGGCCUGGGCUAAAGAAGGAAAGUGUGAAUCGAACAAGCUUUGGAUGCAUUUCAGUUGCGCCAAAUCCUGCGGUGUUUGUGGACCCUCUACUGGGUCUAAAAGGACGACAGUUAAACCAGCUCAUGGGAUGACAACAACAACUGUUGCCGCUCCCACGACGAAGGCGGACGCUGCAACUCCACCGUGUAAAGACAUUUACGGAACAGUGAACUGCCAGAGCCUGGCCGCUCGAAAUAUGUGCAAAUCCCAAAAGUCAUGGAUGAUGAGACAAUGCUCUUUGACUUGUGGAUUUUGUCACCUCGGAGAAACAACACAAAAACCAAUGACGACGACAACAAUAAGGAAACCAAUUGUGAAGAAGCCUAUGACAACGCUGACUACCACUACUGCUCAUCCAAUGACCACACAACUCAUUAAAACAAAAAAUACCACCAAUUCGACUGAAUUUCGCAGGGAGAGGAUCGAGGUUGCCAAUGCGACAGUACAAUAUCUGGAAUAUUGUAAGAUUGGCGAUCCACCGGGAAAAUGUCCAAAAUACAGAGCCAAUUGUAGAACCGCUGAAAGCUUUCGAGAGUGCCCCAAUAUAUGCAAAAAUUGUGACCCAUGUGAAGACUAUUCAAAGAAUUGUGCAGUAUUGAAAAAGAGUGGUUACUGCAAAUAUUACCCAGCUUCGACAAUUCCAAUUUGCAGGAAGACUUGUGGUGUCUGUUCUUAA